AUGCCACCCCCCAUUUCUGUGCAAUCGCAGAAGCUGAUACUGCAGUACUUCUUUGCGCUUGCUGUUCUUAAUCAUCUGGAACAAACCGAAACAACUAAAGACUUUCUGGGACGUGCAAGUGCUUCUGUUCGGGAUUUGCAGCGAAAAGUUGUCGAGUUUACUUCAAACCAGCAAUCUAAAGAGUCUGAACUUGAAAGAUUUCGCAAACAAUUUGACAUAAAAGAUGAACAUGCUCGACUGCAAUUGUUGGAGAAAGCUAGUACCCUUCCAGACAUCCUCGAUGACUAUGUACUGAAAUUGAAAUCACUUUCACCGGUAUUGGACUUUUACACGGCUUUCAUCUCCUAUGUCAACCCGGAGAACAGUAGAAGUGGUGCUCAGGUCUGCUCUACCCUCCGUCUUCUAAUCAAGUGUGGUCAUGUCACUGUCUACGAAUGGCGAACCGGAAACCCACCAACCAGUGUUGGUGCAAGUGAUGACUACCUACCAACGAUGCUUGAACGAGAGAGGCAAAAUGUUGAAGCUAUGAAAAAAGAGGCUCUGAUCGACGAUCAGGAAAUUGAUCUUGGUGCUCUGGACGUGGAGAGUGAAGCUGAUCUCUCUGAAAUUGAUUUUGGCACCGAUCUACUCGGCGAUAUCGAUGUCAUUGAUUUGCAUGAUGUCACCCUUGGAGGAGGAGCUGAUCAUGGUUCAUCUCCCCAGAUGACUGGCAAGGCUAUGGCCGUAGGACCAGAUGCUCGUCUCCUAUUAGACACCUCCGAGGGUCGAAACGCCCUCAUCAAUGACCUUGAGGAGUUAACCACUUUUUUGCUCCGCAUCAAGGAGAAUCAUUUCGAUUUCCAGGCUGAUGAUUCUCACGCCCCUGAGGCUAAGAAAAAAACGACUGGUGGUAUCAGCGUUGAUGCCCUCACGCCAAUCUACCACCAAAUAAUGCAGGAUGCUCCCGCCGAGAUUUAUCCAAUGUCUUUAGACAAUCUCGAUUCUAUGUCGUCGGCUGUCCAAAAGGCUUUUGAUGAAAUAACGAACGAGACGAUAACCCACCUGGCUCUUCUUCGGCUACAGCCAAGUUACCUUGAGCGCCUUAUCAGCAGAAUGCAGGACCUUAAACAGCAAGCUGACAGAUCGCGCGCCAAAGUCACCGAAUUGACGGCAUCCAUUGAUCAGGCUAAUGGUGAACUUCUUACGCUCCACACAGAAAUAAAUAACCUCCUGCAAGAGCGGAAAAAUCUCGUUUCUUUUGUGAGUUAA